CAAGAAAUAUAGAUACUAUUCAUUAAUUAUAUAUACAAACAUAAUUAUGGAUUCCAAACAGACUGCCUAAUUUUUUUAAACCUUAAAAGAGAUAUAGAUAUAGUAUUCAGUAAUUCAUGUACGUAUACAUAUAUAUACAUGCAUAAUUAUGGAUUCCAAACAAACUUUCCUAAUUUUACUCUUACAAACGGGGUUUUAAAAUAGCCAAUAAAACUUUCCUAAUUUUACUCCGAUUCAAUCCGCGUCUUAAUCAAAAGCCUCUUAAUAUUUCAAAAGCCUCUUAAUAGUUCAGACAUGGGAUUGGCGUGUGUUCCUAUUUUGCCCUACGCCGACUUCCCUCGUCUCUUUUCUAUUUUAUACGCCGACCCGUUAUCCCUCUCAGCACACUCCGAUUACCUGCAAUCUUUUGCCGCCAGACGCUCCGCCUCCGUCAGACGCUGCCAUCGCUGCCCUUCGUAUCUCCGGCACCACCCUCCCAUACCUCCGGUGCCAGCUUCCCACACCUCCGGCGCCACUGUCGCACAUCAGAGGUCGCCUUCAGAGAUGGAGGAUGCAAUAUAUCAGGGCCGUUUUUUUUCUCCCGGAAAAACUUUUCUUGAUGUAUUAAUGCAGAAAUCUGAUGUGGUAAUGUCUGGACACGAAAAUCUGAUCUGAUGAUGUUACCAAACAGACCUUGAUACUGUUAGCAAGGUUGGGGGUGCUUAUGAUCUAAAAUUCAAAACUAGAGGGUAAGAAUUGAAUAUUGAACGCCAAAAAGGUUUAAAACCUCAAAACAAGAAAAGGGUUUUCCACAACCGCAAGACGAACAGGAAAAUGGAGGAAGAAGACGAAGAUCCACCACUUGCCGUUGAGAUCAACGAAACCCUAGACCAUCAAUCGUUCAAUCAGUCUUUACAAAAGCAUGAAAACACAGAUGAACUUCCACCGGUUGGCGUGACUGUCAUCACCGGCUAUCUCGGCGCAGGCAAAUCCACUCUGGUUAAUUAUAUAUUGAAUGGACAACAUGGGAAGAGGAUAGCUGUUAUAUUGAAUGAGUUUGGUGAGGAGAUUGGAGUUGAGAGAGCUAUGAUUAAUGAAGGUGAAGGAGGUGCACUUGUUGAAGAGUGGGUUGAGCUUGCAAAUGGUUGCAUUUGUUGCACUGUGAAACACAGCCUGGUUCAAGCAUUGGAACAACUUGUUCAGAGGAAGGAAAGACUGGAUCAUAUAUUAUUAGAGACUACUGGAUUGGCAAACCCUGCUCCUCUUGCAUCUAUUCUUUGGCUGGAUGAUCAACUAGAAGCAGCAGUCAAGCUUGACUCCAUUAUCACUGUUGUAGAUGCUAAAAAUCUCCGUUUUCAGCUUAAAAAGCAUCAAGAUUCUUCCACAUUUCCUGAAGCCUUCUUACAAAUAGCAUUUGCAGAUGUUGUAAUUCUUAACAAGGUUGAUCUGGUUUCUCCAGAUGUUCUAGAAGAACUAGAGAAAGAGAUACAUAGCAUUAAUUCACUUUCUGAUAUAGUUCAUUCUGUGAGGUGUCAAGUAGAUAUGUCCAUAGUAUUAGAUUGCAAAGCAUAUGAUGCUUUGCAUGCUGCACACUUGGAACAAUUACUAGAGGAAAAUAAAUCACUAACUACCAAAGAUCUUCAUGAUAGUGGCGUGAGAACUAUAUGUAUUUGUGAUUCACACCAGCUUGAUCUUGAUAAGGUGCGUUUAUGGCUUGAGGAGAUACUUUGGGAUAAGAAAUAUGACAUGGAUGUUUAUCGAUGCAAAGGUGUUUUAAAUGUUGUGAACUCUGAUGAACUUCACAUAGUACAGGCUGUGAAAGAGAUUUAUGAGAUAGUUCCUUCACGAAAAUGGAAAAGCCAAGAAAAUAAAACGAAUAAAGUUGUGUUCAUAGGGAGAUCACUAAAUGAAGAUAUUCUUAUCAAAUCUCUUAGAGGUUGUGCUUCAACUUUUUCACCGAUUAAGCUCGAAUCAAUAGUUUUUACAACACUCAAUGAUUCAGGAUAUAAUUCGGUGUGUUGA